UCACAUUCAUCCAGCGUGUUGUUUACAAAAUUAUAACCUCUCCUUAAAUAUUAAACUAUGUUUAUAAGAUCUCAAAAGAAAAUAUUGAGAUAACUUAAAAACGACUUUGGCUCUUUUGCGCAUUCACUAUACGAUGUUAUUUUAAUGGUAAUACAUUAAAAUUCGUCGGAAGUGUGAGUUUAUAAGCACGGAUGAAAAAAAUUUAAGUUUGAAGAACUUAACUGAACUGAGUCGAAUAGUAUAACGUAGGUUUAUAAUAAGAAUUUGCAGAUGGUUUUACUCGAAAUGAGAAAUUCAGUGUCAGAGGACGAUACCGAAUCUAAUAUUCUGAAUGAAAAUGGUAAAAGGCCUAAAGAUUCCGACGGUCAGGCUAAAAAGCGGAUUAAAACUAAAAGUUUAUACAGGCAACCGACAGCAAAUGAAUUGAAUCGGCUUCAGGAAACGGAACAGCUUUUCAACUCCAAUCUCUUCCGUCUUCAAGUCGAAGAAGUGCUCGAAGAAGUCAAAGUCAAAGAGAAAACCACGAAACGUUUCACGGAAUGGUUUAAUAAUUUGAAAACUUACUUACUUUCAAUUACAAAUGACGAAACAGAGUACGACUUGAGUGAAAAAUCCUUUGAAGACAAAUUAAAAAUUCACAUACCGCUAUGCAGAGAGAUACAAAAAACAAAAGUCAUUUUCAAAUUUCACAAAUUCCAAGAUGUAUAUGUUGUAGGAUCAUAUGCUCUGGGGUGCGGUAUAAAAUCAAAAUUAAUAGUCGAUUUGCAAAUAUCCGUCCCGGCGGAGACAUACGCUAAAAACGACUCCAUUAAUUACAAGUACCAUUUAAAACGCGCCGCUUACCUCGCUUAUAUUGCAUCUUAUUUGGGUAAAUAUGAAUGUAUUGACGAAAUAAACUAUUCUUAUCUUAAUAGUGAGACAAAACCAAUCAUAACGAUGAAGCCAAGUGGUAAGCUCGGCAAAGCUAUUACUGUAAAUCUGGAUUUGGUAUGUGAGGCGGAAGCUUAUAAACUUCAUCGCUUUGCACCCGACCGAAAUAAUUUACGAGAAUCUUGGCUUCUGGGAAACGAUAAAAAGGAUACCAAUGAAACACUCACACCCACCCCGUACUAUAACAGCAGUGUACUCAGAGAUCUCACCGCCAAUGUGAAUCAGGAAUUCUUAAAACAAAUAAUACUUAAUAGUGAAAAUUUAAAACAGGCCAUUGUUUUACUUAAGAUCUGGGUGAGGCAGAGGAAGCUUAAAGUCUCCGGAUAUAUCAUUAGUAUGUUGGUAGCAUAUUUUGUUCAAAACAAGAGGGUUAACAACAUCAUGAGCAGUUACCAGAUAGUGAGGAACAUCUGGAUUGCUUUAAAAUCAUCUGAAUGGGAUGUCAAAGGAAUAACGCUUUGCAAAGAAAAUUCGUCUUUGGAUGAUUUCCACAACCAUUUUCCUGUGGUUUUCCUUGAUAGGACGGGACGCUAUAACAUAUUGUGGGAAUUAUGCAAAGGGACUUACUACGCCCUGAGGCGGGAGAGCUGCCUGGCUAUCGAGAUACUUGACAAUGUUAAGAUUAAUAGUUUUAUUCCAUUGUUCAUGAAGCCGGUGACACCUCUCAUUCAAUUUGACCAUAUAAUUGGUUUUAGAGACUUAAAAAUUGUGAAAGAUGCUGUUAUAUCACGAGCUGCGAACACAUUGAAGGUGAACUAUGGCCUGGAUCAUUUAAUGAUGGUUGCAAACAUCCUAUAUGACUUACUGAUGAAAGGUCUCGGGCAGAGAGUGGAUUUGGUUCUACAAUUAGUUGAUCAUGAAUUCUCCUGGCCCAUAAAUAAUGUUAUGGAGAGUGCUAAAAAAAAUGGAUAUAAGGAGCGGCUUUCCUUUGGGUUAAUUCUGAAUCCUGAGUUGGUGUCGAGUACCGUUGAUAGAGGUCCCUCCGCAGACCUGCCUGAGGCUGAGCAGUUCAGAGAUUUUUGGGGCGAGAAGUCCGAGCUACGUCGUUUCCAGGACGGGUCUAUAACAGAGGCUUGUGUGUGGGACGGCCAGGGGACUGUUCCCAAGCAGAUCGUGGAUUACCUGAUGAAGGUCAAAUAUGACGUGUUUCCCGUGUUCCACUGGUCGCGCCUGCUGUCUUCUCUCGUGCCGGCUUCAUCUUCGUCGGCCGCCGUUCGUUCAUCAGCCGCAGUUCUCCGGAGUCAUCUCGCGGACCUGGAACUGCCUUUGGACAUCAGCUCUGUGCAAGGGGUGUCGGCCGUGUUCAGCAGCACGGAGCCCGCCCCUCCAGAGAGACGCGGCGAGCGUAACCCGCGACGCCGCGGAGAUUCGUGUCUCAUCAAGGACCAGGGUGACUUCAGACUGCCGCCUUACGUGCCCGCCAACAGGAUGGUCAUAGAACUAAGUCACAGCGGCAAGUGGCCGGGGGACAUCGAGGCGUUCCGCUGUCUGAAAGCGGCGUUUCAUUUGCAGAUCGCUGAGAAGUUGAAGAGCCAGUUCAAUCUGCCGACACACGCGCGUCCCGAGCACCUGGACGUGCUGCAAGAUGGGCUGGUGUUCAGGCUGAGGAUAGCACACGCUAAGGAGAUCACCUUACUGAGGAGGGAGUUGGUGCGCGGAGUCGUCACGUUCAGAGAAACAGACGAGAGCAUACAGCUGUACUGUGAUACUGUCAUCAUGCCGAAACUGAGAGGCGCCUUGCACGGUCUAGACCGCAGAUACUCGGCCUUCGCCCCCACGGCGUGUCUGUUCAAGCGCUGGUUGUCGGCGCACCUGCUGCAGGUCCCGGGUGCGGUGGCCGAGCUGAUGGUCGCCCGCACGUUCCUGGAGCCCGCGCCGCUCGUUCCCCCACGAGACUACGACACCGGACUAUACAGGGUGCUGAACCUCCUCGUAGAACAUGACUGGGGCAAAGAUCCGCUGGUGGUGGACUUCAACGGAGACAUGACCCGUGAGGAGUUGUCCGAGCUGGAGACCAAGUACCGUGAGAUCUCUCCCCGGCCGCACGUGUUCAUCGUCACCCCGUUCGACGGCGAGUGUCCUGGAGCCUGCAGCGGGGGACUUGCACCGGAAGUGACGUCACGAGCCGUCUCACUGGCGCGAGCAGCGCUGGAGCACGUGGAGGAGGCGCUGCAGCUGAUGAAAGACGAUUUAUUGGGCCUCUUCAUCCCCUCCCUGGUGGGCUAUGACGUCAUCAUCCACCUGGUCCCGUCCCUGGUGCCGCGGUACUCCAGCCGUGUAGGCGCCGGCCGCCCACCGCCAGCUCACGAUGACCCCGGCUCCGCAGAACUGAUACCGGUGGUGGAGUUCAACCCGGUGGAGUUCUAUUUGGAGGAACUGAGAAGCGCCUACGAUGAGUUCGCUGUGUUCUUCAAUGACCCGUACGGCGGUGACGUCAUCGCUGUGCUCUGGAGACCGUCUGUUGAAGACGGACGGCAUCUGGAGGUACUGAACGCCAACGCACUGAGACCUGCGGCCGGCGGCACAGAGACCCCUUAUAGAGUCAACUUGGACGCUAUCGUGGAAGACUUUAAGAUACUGGGCAGAGGACUCGUCAAGGAAGUUGUUGUUAAUAAGAAUUAAACUAUCAUUAUAUGA